UUUCAAUACGUUUGUACGUUCAUGAGAGACUUUUCAUUUGAUAUACGUAUAAUUUGGAGAAAUGGAAUCAAUAAGAGCAGAUCUCGGAUUAGCAGAUUAUCUGUCAUUUGUGUUACUGAUGGCAGUUUCGACCGUCAUCGGAAUAUACUUCGCAUACAGAGAUAGAAAUGAGGCGACAACCAAAAAUUACUUCUUCGGAGGAAAACAAAUGCAUCCGGUCGCUGUUGGUCUCUCAUUGGCUGUGACAUUCCAAUCCGCAGUAGUUGUUAUUGCAGCCCCUGCGGAAACUUACUUAUCUGGUACCCUGAUGAUGUGGGAAGCACUGAUGAGAAUUCUAUCAGUCCCAAUUGUAUUUGCGUAUGUGGUUCCUCUUUAUCAUCGACUUCAGUUACGAACUGUUUUUGAGUACCUAGAACUUCGAUUCAGCUCAACAUUACGAAGAAUCUUGGCCGGACUCUUGUCCACCGGAAUGAUAUUCUAUGUUGGUACGGUAUUAUACUUACCUGCAGUUGCAGUAAAUGCAGUAACAUCGCUUCCAUUAGCAUGGAGUAUUGUUAUUACGGGAGUGAUUGCGACUUUCUAUACCACACUCGGAGGGAUGAAGGCAGUAAUUUGGACAGACGUUUUACAAUCUGGAAUAAUGAUACUUGGUAUGGUAGCAGUGUUAAUCAAAGGCUUAAUUGUUAUUGGAGGCUUUGAUGAACUCUACGAUUCGUUGGAAAGAGGGGGCCGAUUCACAGCUUCUAGAUUUGAUUAUGGUAUCAUAUCUCGUCUUUCUCCGAUCGGUAUCAUUGUUGGAGGUUUUUUUAUGGGACUUGGAGGAAUCGGUAUUGAACAAUCGAUAAUUCAGCGAUUUCAAUCAUGCGAAACCGUAUCAAAAGCACAAAGUGCCUUGUUGGUGUACAUUCUUCCUACUUUGAUAAUCACCAUUACUAGUGUUGGAAAUGGUCUGAUAAUGUAUGCUUUUUAUGAGGGAUGCGACCCUGUUAAAUCUGGAAAAAUUGAAAGCAUUGAUCAAGGAAUUUCUUACAUGACUUUAGAAAUAUUUCAAUCAAUUCCAGGAAUGACGGGAUUAUUUAUAUCAUCAAUUUUCAGUGCAAGUUUGAGUACUAUUUCCUCUUGUCUUAAUUCAUUGUCAGUCUUGAUUCUAGAAGAUUUAAUCGCCAUAAAAUGGCCUUCAAUGAGUGAUAGGGUUAAAGUCACCGUCGGGAAAAUUUUAGGUGUAAUUUUGGGAGUGGUUCUUAUAUCAAUGGCUUUUGCUAUAUCAGCUUCAGGGUCAAAUGUGUUUGAAUUAUUAUACGGAUUUACGAGUUUGACUUACGGUCCAGGAAUCGCGAUUUACUUUCUGGGAUUCUUUUUCCCUUGGACGAAUACUAUAGGAGCUAUGACGGGUUUGUUUUCAAGUUAUGCAGUUCUGGUGUUUAUGUUCGUUGGAAGACGAUUUUUUAACGAUCCUCCUUAUCCUACAAAUCUGCCUGGAGUAUCCACUGAAUUCUGUCAAAAUAAUUUGACUGAGAAUUUCCAAAUCACCAAUUUGACGACAGAAUUACCUUUAACAUCUUCAGCGAUUCCAGAGAUCGAACGAACGUUUCUUCGUGAUGUUUACAACAUAAACUACAAUUUCUUGAUGAUGAUCGGUUUCAUCAUAACUAUUAUUGUCGGAAUCAUCGCCUCGUUUUUAUCAGGUCACACUCCUGCAUCAAAAGCUGAUCCAAGACUUUUUGUUCCAUUAGUAGAUAACAAGAGGCUUUCAUUAAAAGUGUUGAAGUUUUUCCGGUUUGGUGUUCCUAACCUUCUCUCGGAAUCUACAAAGCAAUACCGUACAGCUAAUAAGAACGAUGUUCUAAUUGUUGAAACGAAUGACAUCUGACUGGGCCGGUUUAUUCGCAUAUUCAAACGUUUAUUUUUUUGAAAUACCCUGACAGAAUGGUCAAAAUGGUAAUCCUGAGGGAGCCACAUAUAUGACUACGGUGCAGCAUUUGCACCGCGAGGAGAGUUUAAAGCUUUUAUUCAUGUAAUCGAUUUUUGUUGUCGAGUGUUUUCACACCUUUAUUCUAAACAAAAAUUGCAGGAAAAUAUCAUUUGUACACACUUUUUAUACUAAACCACCGUUCUCAAGCUGAGUCAUAGAAACAAUUGCAGAUGGGCCACAAACUUGUCAAAAAGGUCUAGUGUUAUUUGAUAAAUUUAGUUGAAUUGACGGUAGUAGUAAUGAAUUUUUACUACAGGGUAGAACUCAUUAUUUUAAUCAUUGUAGUGAAUGCGUCUAUUUUUGUGAGAGGAAUUUCAUGUUUUCUUGUAGUUUUUUUCUGGGCCAUAGAUUACCUUCAACGAGGACGAAGAAAAAAUGAAGGGGCACUGCACUAAAUUGUUCUGACAUGUCAUGGUGUCAAUUUCAUCCUUCCAAUGGCAGAAAUGACCGAAUUUUAACUAAAAUAUUACAAUAAAUAAUUUGUAAUGACUUAACACAAUUAAAAAGCUGCCAGAAUUGUUUUUCUGUAUAUUUUUCACCGUGCAAUAAUGACAUUGUGUCAUUAAAUUGAACCCCUUUGUACCACAAUCAACAUGAAUAAAAUAAAAACCGAUUGUUUGCACUUGUCAAAUUAUUUUUGUAAUACUCUGAAUGACGCGAUACGGUUAUGAACUUAUGACCGUUUUCGUUAACGCGAAAAUUGGGUUUCGUUUUUCGGUUACCUUUGACACAUUGGAAACAGGUAGUAUGUGAAUUGUUUUCUGAAUUUAUAAAUCACGUACGCAAUGGUAGAGACUUUUCAAUAUAUUCAUGUUAUCUUCAUUGUUAAAUUCAAGAAAAAAAACGACUUUCCGAGGACAUGACAUUUAGAAGACAAUAAGUUCGUUCAAUUUUAACCCUAAACAAAAUGUCGCCUUGAGAAACUUCAUUUCUCAAAUGCAUAUUGUGACGUAUAGCAUUAUGUAACCAGGGGUAUAAAUAAAUGGUGACGGCUCUUGCUUAACAGUUGCAAAUAUUCUAUUCGCUCAAAGCAGAGACUAUAGGUACGGUAGACCGACUUUAGACUUCAUCAAACUGGCUUUGCUGAAGUUUUAUUCAGUUUUAAUGAGAAAGUAUUGGGUGUAAAGUUUUGCAUGGGUCAUUUUAUAUAUACAUUAUUAUCAAAUUACAGACUCGGCAUUUUCUACAACUUUUCCAGUAGCCAUUUCUGAAAAGUAGUCCCACAAAUGUGACAAAGCAACUACAAUUUUCCCCGUGAGCCGUGUUUUGAUUUUUUGUAGAAAGCAGGUAGGUAAAAUAAUCAUAGUUAUUUAGUGAUGUCAAAACAACAAUGAGCUUAUGUUAUAAAAAAAAAGUACCAAACGCUAAAAUACGUAGAUUUUUGUAACAGUCAAAAUGCAAGUUGAU